UACGUUCAAUUUUUCAGUAUUUAUUAGGAUGACAUUUUAUUUGAGGAGAAAGCCUCCAGCGUGGACCUUUGCCUGACUGCAGCGUGCAGCUGUGCGCACAGACCGGAGAUGUGUGCGCACUGAGGGCCGUGCUGUUUUGGCCUGCUGCCUUACAUGGGCAAACCUCUGAACUGACUCAGACGAGCUGGAAUUUCAGCGUGACGUCACUGCCUACAACUCUCCCAGAAUUUGGAUCAAGUAGUUUUCACUGUUUUUGGUGGGAUUUCAGCCCCUGUGUUAGGUUUCCUAGAAAGCGAGUGUCAACAGACUUCAACAUACGGCUUUCAUCGUCUUCCAGAAACACUACAGCGACGUCAAAGUGGAGAAAAAGUGUCUGAUCCUGUAGCCCCCGCCAUCACUUUGUGUCAAAUUUGGAACCAUGUGGAACCCAGUGAGUGAGCAGACAGGACAGGUGACUGCCAGGAUGGAGACCACUCCAUCUUUGGGUAGUGCGAGCAUCUCCGUCUCGCAGCAGCAGGCACCUAAGAAGUUUGCACCUGUGGUCGCCCCCAAGCCCAAGUUCAACCCUUACAAACAGGUGGGAGAGGCCACACUCUCCGAGCCGGCAGCGGACUACCCUCCCCCUCCACCACCUGUCGAAGAGUCAACCGGCUUCCUGUCAUCCCCUGGUUCCUUCCCUCCUCCACCGCUGGGGAACUCAUACGAUUAUCAGGUGAAAGGCCAUGAAAAGACGCUGGAAGAGAGGCGCUCCAGUCUAGACGCAGAGAUCGACUCCCUCACCAGCAUACUGGCAGACCUGGAGAGCAGCUCGCCCUACAAGCAUCGAAGCACACAAAAUUCUGGAUCCAUGGCACCUUCAGCAGGCUCCGCCCCGAACGCUCCCGUGACAGGUUACAAGCGUAUGGUCAUCCCAACUCAGCCUCCACUGACUGCCACCAAGAAGUCUACACCCAAACCUCAAACUCCUGGGGGAGUCUCAUCUACAUCACCUUCUCCUUUAAGUCCUAUGGCCAAGACUCCAACCCACAUGGCUCCUCAGCCGGUUCCGGCCUCCUAUGCUACAGCAUCAACCCCAAGCCAGCCCACCUUCAAUGUCCAAGUGAGGUCGGCUCAGCCUGGACCCCAGCAUCCAGCCCCUGGUGGGCACAAUUUUGGCCAGCAGCCCAUUCGCAGCCCCGCGCAGGUGCAGUACAUGUCCGCUCAGCCUAAAGGUCCUGACUUUGCUUAUGGCCCGCCACAGCCUGGCUUCUCUCCAAUGGCACCGGGGCCAUAUCAAGAACAGCAGCAUCCAGGUGCGCCACAAGUAAGUGGAAUAAACUCUAGAAGACCUCAAGCAGUCCCAGCCCAAGGAUACCAGCCCCCAGGCCCCAAGAAGACCUACAUUACAGAUGUGCCACCCAGCUUGGCUCCAUACACUUCUAGUCCAACGAUUCCACCAAAGGGCAGCGCUCCCAUGGCCCACCCUGAAGAUGAGCUGGAACGCCUGACCAAGAAGAUGCUGUACGACAUGGACAACCCUCCGUCCGAGGAAUAUUUUGGGCGCUGCGCCAGCUGUGGAGAGAACGUAGUGGGUGAAGGCACCGGCUGCACUGCCAUGGACCAGGUCUUCCAUGUCGACUGCUUCGUCUGCAUGACUUGCAGCACCAAGCUGCGUGGAAAGCCCUUCUAUGCUGUGGAGAAGAAGGCGUACUGUGAGCCUUGCUAUAUUAACACCCUUGAGACCUGCACCAUCUGCAGUAAGCCCAUUAUGGAGCGCAUCCUGCGAGCUACUGGGAAAGCCUACCACCCUCACUGCUUCACCUGCGUGGUGUGUCACCGCAGCCUGGACGGCAUCCCUUUCACUGUGGACGCUUCCAACCACAUCCACUGCAUCGAGGAUUUCCACAAGAAGUUUGCUCCUCGCUGCUGUGUGUGCUCUGAGCCUAUAAUGCCGGCACCGGGCCAGGAGGAGACCGUUCGUAUUGUGGCCCUGGACCGUGACUUCCAUGUGCAGUGCUACCGCUGUGAGGACUGCGGCUCCCUACUCUCGGAGGGGGAUAACCAGGGCUGCUACCCGCUGGAUGGACACGUGCUCUGCAAAAACUGUAACACCAGCCGCAUCCAGGCCCUCACCGCCAAGGCCACCACUGACCUCUAAACAGCUAAACUGUGAUAACCCGGCCCUCGCUCGCUCUUUUGGUUUCUUGCAAACAUCCACAAAAGCCUGCAUUCCUCAUUUACAUAUAUAUGGCUCUAUAUAAAUGUUCACCUUAAGUAACAAAACAUACUGUGGCAUCACAUUCACACGCUCACAUAUAAUUAUUCACUCUGUACGAUCACUGCAGAAGAGUUUUUCUUAUUUAAAGUUUUCUUCCUGUAGCUUAACAUAAAGAGAGGAAGACAUGGGAAGCAACUGCUCUUCCUCAGUCUGAAGGUUUUAAAAAAAAGGAUCUCUAAAGCUCACUGAAAGAGGGUUUAGUUAUAAUUAUAUUAUAUUGCAUUAUUUUAUUGUAAAAAUGCUAAGCUAGCUGGUUCAUCAUUUAACUCUAAGCCAUAGAGCUUUUACGCAUUUCCUACAAUUUUUGCACUGCUACUUUAAAUCUAAAUCCGUCUCCAAUAUACAUCACCACCCCUGUUAUCCUCCUGUUAUCGUAUUUAUCACCAGCACAUAUCUUUUAGCUAGGUUGCACGUGCAUGCACGGGCCCAUAAUGUUCCUCUCCGACUUCUUUUUCUGAUCUAAAACACGAGCAGGACGUGCAAAAUGUUUAAUAUGUUUACUGUGCAGGUGAAGUUGUGGAUGGAUGUCAGUGUGCGCGUGUGUGACUGUAGCUUUAGCAGUAUUUUUAGGAAAAACGUGUUUGUUUUUCUGCAGGACAAAUCAGAGUACAGUACACAAAAUGGGAUGAAAUUACCCAACGAAGGCUUUCAAAACAGCUCUGCAUAACUCCAAAAAGCGAAUCUAAACUGCCAUGUUUGUAUGUAUUUCCACGUUAUUUAGAGUAAACUGCUCUGUACUGCAGGAAUGAUAAACAGUUAUUUCUGCUGUUGAGAACAAAAAAACCACACCUCCUUUUUAGCACAAUAUUUUCCUUUCAGCUGGAUAUUCUUUCAUGCAUAUGGUUGAUUAUUUUCCAUUUUGGCCUGAGCAGCACAAUCAUAUAAACACAACCUUUGUGUUGAGUUUAAUUCUUGUUUUUGUUUUUUUUCAGCGUAUAAUUGUGUAACUUGCCCCUUUUUAAUGACCAUAGACAAAAGCAGUGAUUGUUCUUUAAGCAGUCUCACAGAAAUAAAGAAUAUUCCAUGCCUA